GAGACAGAAGCGAGGACAUUUCCGGAGAGUUUAAAAAUGUCAAACGUCACAUCUACUCCGUCAUUUGUACCCGACACGAGUCCCCGGUGUCGUAGAAACUACAGCGCUCACUUUGUCUUGUAUUUUCGACUGUGACUGUAAAUAACUGUUGUUAUUUUGUGGCUGCUAGCUUGUUGUCAGCUAGCUUGUUGUUAGCUAGUUUGUUGUUAGCUAGCUUGUUGUUAGCUAGUUUGUUGUUAGCCAGCGUGUAGUUAGCUAGCUUGUUGUUAGCUAGCUUGUUGUUAGCCAGCGUGUAGUUCCCCAUACGCCAGUGACUCAUCCUGCUCGUGAGGUCUCAGCUCUAAAAGAACCAGGAUGUGGCUGAAGAUGAAACUGGAUAAAAAGUUUGGAAACUUGAGUGAAACUUUUUCUCCUGAGAUCCGGUGAACAGACACUGCGGAGGAAACAGCCGUCCAGUCAGAGAAAGUGCGACUGAAACUUGUAGUGAAGUUCUUCAAGUUCUGCAUUCAAGCCCCAUUAUAAGAUGUUUCUCUUGCUGUCCCUGCUGAUCUUCUUGGUGCCAGUAGAGGGUGGCAGCUCACCAAUCAGCUGCUACAAUGACAAAGGAGAAGCUGUGGACUGGUUCUAUCUGUACAAGCUGCCUAAACAACAUGGCAAAAAGUCUCCUACAAGGGGGGAACUGUAUUUACUGAUGGACAAAGGGAGUGAAGGAUGGACUGAUGGGAAGGUGACAGUGAACGACACGACGGGAGCCUUGGGCAGGACAGUCGGACAACUGUACUCACAAGGAAAGAACACAGAGGUAGCGUAUGUCCUUUACAACGACCAGAGCCCGACUAAGAACCUUGGUGGCAGAUGGGAUGACAACAGUGGGAAGGGAGGGGGGCACACGAAAGGGGUUGUGCUGCUUGAUAAAAAUCAGGGCUUCUGGUUGGUACACAGUACCCCUCAGUUCCCCCCUGUACGACAGACGGGAGAGUAUUACUACCCCGACAGCGGCGUGAACAACGGACAAAACUUCAUCUGCGUCACCUACCCACUGGAACGCUUCCAGACCAUUGGAGAGCAGCUGCAGAUCAAUCAGCCUCACGUGUACGACUGCGAUGUCCCAGAGUCCUUUGUGUCACUGGUGCCUUCGCUGGCUGCCGUCUGCGGGGAAAAACGUCUGUCCGGUCACAUCUUUCCACACGUCAAACCUGUGUCCAACCGCAGCGUGACUUUGACCUCGAAGGGUGGAACAAACUUCAUCAGCUUUGCCAAAGGAGCCUCUUUUAACAAUGACCUCUACCACUCCUGGGUGGCCCCGACCCUCCAGUCAGACCUCCUGGUCCAGUUCUGGAUUCGCUCCAGGGGCAUCCUCCCCUCCGACUGCUCGCUGGGCUGGAAGGUCCUGGACAUCAACCUCCUCAACCCGGGGCAGACGUUCACGUACAAGACAAGCCAGGACCACUCCAAGUGGGCCGUCAGUUCCAAGGCGGCUGGGGAGGGUGUCGGAGGAGGCUGGGCGUGUGUUGGAGACAUAAACCGGAACGAGGCGGAGGAGAAGCGAGGGGGAGGCACAGUGUGUCUGCAGAACCCCGUGGUGUGGAAGGCUUACCGGACAGCAGCUUUACAGUGUGAGGAUUGUGGAGGAGCAAGCAUCCCAUGCCCUGCUUGAGACAGGUGGCUCAACCGGGCCCGAGGAAUCUCAUUUGGGUCAAAACAAGUUGUAGUUCUUGUCUUACGUCCUGGAAAAUGUAACUUCUGCAGCCUCUCGUUCGACAUUCCUUUCAUCAGUCUCUGUGAAAAAUGAAGCGUGCUCCUGGGAUUAACUAUUCAUAUUCAAAGACAAAUCAGAUCUACUACAGCGGUUACCAUAAGAAAACCAAAACUUUGAUAUUCUUACAGUUAAAAGAUUAUUCCGUUAGAAAAAUAUACGAGCAAUGCAGCACCGGUACUUGAACGUCGCUGAUCGGUUCUGUCCAGAUCCUGUGCUCUCUUCUAAAGUCCUUUUAAACAGAUUGUGCUGCUCCUAUUACAGACGUCUGUCCCUCUAAAACUUUUGUCCCAAGAUUAUGUGGGUUUAUGGACAGUGCUGUUUCGUCAAAGGCAACUAAAAACACAAAUUUCAUUUUAACUCUCAAGAACACUGCAUUUUUAACAAUGUGCUCCGAGAGCAUAAAUAGCUCGGAAUUAAAUAUUCACGACUAUAAGCAAAAUAAAAACAUUUAGGUAAUUUAUUAAAAGCCAAUCAUGCCCAAAAAAUGUAGUAUGGACUGCAGGGGUGUCGUUUGGUAAGAAAUACAAGUGUGUGUGUGAGAUCCCAUGACUCACAAUAAGACGCUGAUUUAGAAAAACCAGAGCCUUUAAGUCACAGAAAAACAUUUAACUUGUUCAGAAUGAUUUUAAUCUGUGGUAUGAAAGGCUGCUACACCCUCCUCUGGACGUAAUGCAAACAGAACAGAGCUGGAGGAGAACGAGGAACACAAUCUGUCGGGAUUUUUUAGGAACUACGAUGUUCAUUUUGAAAAACACAAAACCCUCAAAGUGCAUCACAUUGAGCAAUAACAAAAAAAAAUAAAAAUCCAGCCUUGACACAGAGCUUUUCUCAUGAAAUGAAAGCAUCUGUGUCUUUUCAGCCUUCAUCCAGUUUUGACUGAGACUGAAGAGAGAAAUUGCGACGUGAACGAGUUCUGCUUCA